AUGGUGCCGCCCGUAGGGAUUAUAAUCACGGUGACCGUUCUGGUUGCUGCUGGAGUCGCUGCCUACGAGAAUCCGCAAGUGCGAGCAUGGAUUGACCGGACCAGGCACAAGAUUGCCAUGGGCCUUCACUCUCUCGGCGAUGAAAUCCAUCCGACUCCGAAUCAACGGCGCAGGCCGAGUCUCAAUGACGCCUCCAUGCACGAAGAAAAGGGCGAAAUAGCAGAUGAGCGCCGGCGGCAAGCCAUUGCCGAGAUCAUGGAACGUGGCCGGUUGAUGGAAGAGCGACGGAAGAGAAGGAAGUUGAGCGGUCAACACAAAAGCCGUGCCACAAGUUUUGAUUCGAUGGUCGACGAGAACGGAAUGCUUUUGCAUGAUCUGCAGAACAACGAGGCUGAGGCCGCAGCUAGCUCAUCUGGCAUUGAUCCUUCAGCACACUCCCAAGGUCUCAAACAUAGGCAGAAGCCUUCGCUUUCGGAAGAAACUCCCAGUCGUCUUUACCAUUCUGUGGACACCCUUCCUUCUUCAUCUCAGCUGCCCCGAAAUGACCCAGCGACCGACACCGAUCCGUUCGAGUCGAGGUAUGAGAAAGAGAUGCGUGAGGCUUGGAAUAUGAAUGUGUCAGAUAGAGCGAAUGCUAUGCCUCCCAGCCAUGCUUCAGAGAGCCUGAUCGACCUGACACCCACCACGGAAGAGGCUCCUGAUCCAGACUUUUCUGUUCCCUCUGCCGAUCAAUUUCAACAUCCCCUAAGCGGGUCGGGGUAUCUCGGGUCGGCGGUGUCGAAUUCGACACGUACACUAUCAGAUGAUGGUUCGCAAGAUUACCUGCCAGUUCAAAGCCACAACAACGUGACUGGCGUGACAACUGGACAUUUCGUGCCUGGCAACGGUACUACAGAUCAUUCGGCAGUGAGUGUUACCAGCAGCAUGAGUAGCAUCCAUCCAAGCGAGGCAGAAGAGAGCUCAGACGACCUACUCAGCGAGGUAGGGGAUGGGAUGCGGACGCCUGCAAGUGUGUGGACCGAGGUGGACAGCACGGUCAGCGGUGACUUCCAGUCGUAA